AUGAUCUCAAAGGUGUGGUUAACCUUCGACGCGCUGGCGAGUUCGGCGCUCGGUGCGGUGCUGUUUUUUGCCCCACAUCUUGUCGGAGAUUAUGUUUUUCAAAAAGUAACCGACGGUGUGCAUUGGCACUUGAUACGAUGUGUAGGAGGACAAUUUAUGGCAGCCGGCCUGGCUUCUCACCUUUUGAAAAACUCGAAUAAAGUCACGCACACUGCCUGUUAUAUUAUGAGGAUAGUUGCAUUCCUAAUCCUCAUCCUCCUCUACCUCGAGACCAGCUCAGUCAACCCAAAUCUUGUGCGACCAAUCGUGAUGGUUAUUAUCAAAUACGGUUGUCUAUCGGGCUUGGCGAUCAACGUUUUGUUGCUCCUUGCAACCGGAUGGCCCAUCGGCAACAGCCUGAUGCUGGAUCAGCCGGUCGGAAAUGGGCUUUACCAGCUCGAUUGCACGGCUUCGAUUUGCAUCGGGGCCGCGUGGUUGGCAUUCCCGAAGUGGUUGUUGCACAAGCAGGUGAUCGUCACUCUCGAUGAAAGCCACGAGCUCUGUGGCCGCGUGAUGGGUGCGCUUUUCGUCUGUAGCUUCUGCGUGGCCCAGUACGCCCUCCACUGGCCCAGCUAUCAAGACCGGAAAGUUGGCGUGCGGUGUCGAUUUGUGUGCUGCGUCGCCAUCCUCUCAGCCCAAGUCUGGUCCCAAGUCGCUUACCUACGCGACUGGUCUGCCGGACAUUGGUACGGUAUCGCGCUGUACUCGAUUUGGACGACGAUCUCGUUCUUCUACCUCCUCUGUGUAGAGUAUUACACACCGAAAGCAACAGAUAAGCAGAAGAAGAAGAAU